AUGAAGAUUUCUGAUGGAGAAAAACAAGCGAAGGAAAGGAAAAAAGAGAACGUACGAAAGAAGAGGAAUGAUCGACAAAAUCAAGAUAAGGAAAAAGACAAAGAGACCGAGAAAGAGGAUAAUGAAAAAGAAAAGGGGAAAGAGGUUGAACAACCAGAAAAGAAGCAAAGGGUUGGAAAGAAAACAUCGAGCGUGUGGGAUCAUUACACUAUGUUGCAUGAUUGUGAUCCUAAGAAGCCAAGGGCUGCUUGCAAUUAUUGUGGCACCGAUUAUGCAGCUGAUACAAAGUUGAAUGGGACUAGCACACUAUGGGCACAUGUGGAGAGAAAAUGUAAGAAGUGUCCUUUCAGUGACUGGGUUGAGCAAAGUAAGAAGCAACAAUCAACUAUGGAUAGAUUUACUAAAAAGAUACAACAACCUGCAAUGAAGAAGAAGUCGCUUCAAUUCCCAUCAAGAUUUACAGUUGCGAGAGAUAUUUAUAAUGCGUUUCUAGAUCAGAAGAAAGAGCUAAAGUCGAUUUUGGUGAAGCACAGAGUGUCGUUGACCACCGAUUGUUGGACAUCAAUCCAGAAUAUUAGUUAUUUGUGUUUGACUGCACAUUGGGUUGAUGGUAAUUGGAAAAUGCAUAAGAGAAUUAUCAACUUUAUCCAAGUUCCUAACUAUAAAGGGGACUUGGUGGGGAAAGAGUUGAUAAAUUGUCUUAAUGAGUGGGGUAUCUCCUCAGUUUUUGCAAUGAAGGUUGACAAUGCCUCCUUAAAUGAUGUUGCUCUUAGAAAAUUGAAGGGGCACUUAUUGGACAAAGACAUAACCAUUCCAUUGAAUGGCGAAAUGUUUCAUAUGAGGUGUUCAGCUCAUAUUUUGAAUUUGAUAGUAACUGAUGGGUUGAAAGAGUUGAAUGAUGCAAUUUCAAGCAUUCAAAAUGCGGUGAGAUAUGUGCAGUCAUCUCCAGCUAGACUGAAAAGAUUUAAAGAAAGUUGCAAGGAUGCAAACAUUGAAUCAAAAGCCUUGUUAUGCUUAGAUGUGGUUACUAGGUGGAACUCCACCUACUUGAUGUUAGAAUCUGCUACAAAAUUCAAGAAGGCUUUUGAGAAUUUGGAAGCAGAUGUGAACUACACAAAGUACUUUGAUGAAGAAAGAAUGGAUGGCCCACCAACCAACCUAGACUGGGAAAAAGAAGUUGUUCAAGCUGAUUUAACUACUAUGGCUUCUAAUCCUGAUACUUUGUUAGGGGCUAUGGCAGUUAGUAUGAGACGAAAGUAUGACAAGUACUGGGGAAGGAUUGAGAAGCUGAAUAUGUUGACAUUUAUUGCCAAUAUCCUUGAUCCAAGGUAUAAAUUAGAGGUUGUGACUCGUGGUUUCAAAUUUGUGUACACUUUAAGUGAGGUUGAAAAAAUGAUAAAGUUGGUGACAAAUACUUUGGCACAGCUGUAUGCUUUUUAUAAACAACAACAACCAUCUCAGUCAUCUCAAGCUCAACCAUCUCAAUCUCAGUCUUAA